AAAAACCGAGGGGAGCAGCCGGCCAUUCCCCACCACCGAGCUCAUCGCGUCCUCGCCGCGGCCACACACCCUAACCCUAGCGGCGACACGCCGCCGCCCCGCCGUCGCCGUCCCCCUGACCGCCGCCUCCAUCACACCCUCGCCCUCGCCCUCGCUCCUCCGCCACUCCCACGAGAUCAGCGCCGUCCCGAGUCCGUGCUCGCCGUCGCCCGCCCUUCUCUCAAGGGCUAUAAAUGGCAGGGAGACAGCGGAUAGGUCGCCAGUACUAUGAGGAACCACGGGGAUUUCGUGAUGGCCCCCCUCCUCGACUUGCCCGGGAAAGGUCUAUCUCACCACGACGCAUCGAAGGAGAGCUGUCUAGCCGCCGUGGUGAGAUACGCAGAAUCCAUGAUGACAACCAACAUCUGGCGGAUGAAAUUGUUGGACUCAGGCAAGCAAUGUCCCGUUUGAAAGAAGAUCUCCAUUCCUCAAGUCAGGUUAUACCUAAGCUCCGUGCAGAGAAAGAACUUGAAUCGAGGGAGCUGACUCAGAGGAAUCUGAAGCUGGAAGCUGAGCUCCGCUCUUUAGAACCCCUUAGGCAGGAUGCCCUUCAGCUACGAUCUGAAGCAGGCUCGCUAGAGUCUUUGAGGCAAGAGCUCAACGCAAAGGUGCAGGGUCUGACAAAGGAGCUUGAGCAGCAGAGCUCUGAAAACCAGCGCAUACCUGCCAUGAUAGCUGAACGUGAUGAUCUGCGGCAGGAACUAAUUCGUGCUAGGGCGGCUCUUGAUUACGAGAAGAAUGCAAAGCCGGAGCUGAUGGCACAGGUGCAGGCAGUGGAGAAGGAUCUUGUGACUAUGGCUCAGGAGUCUGAGAAGCUUAGGGCUGAAAUUGAGAAGAGAAGGGCACCACCACCUAGGGUCAGCGGCUAUGGAGCUUACGGGCCACCUCCUGGGAUGGGCGUGCAAGGCAUGUAUGACGGCGGCUACAAUACCUACACAGACAGGCGCUACAGUACGGGUGCUGGACCAUGGGACCCUCCUAGCUACCCGCGCCCUUGAUUUGGGCUUUUGAUUCUUCUCAGUCGGCGUUCAUCGUCGUGACGGAAGUUCCUAAUGUCUCUGGUACUGAUGCUUGUGGUGAUGGUGCCUUGUUCAGAAGGUUGUAACCAUGGAUGCUUGUACUGAUGCUUGUGGUGCCGGUGCCUUGUUCAGAAGAUUGUAACCAUGGAUGCCCGUGGGCCAUUUUAGGAAGCAAUUCAUUGUACUUAACAGGAUGUGGACCCUCUUGAUACUGUUGCUAAUCUUUUGAUUGGUGAACAUUA